AUGCUUGGCAACUCGUGGUCCGCGUCACCCGUUGAGGUGUACGUCUAUCGUGCAUGCGACCCCUCUCUUCCCGAGCCUAACUAUGCUUUAAAUCUCGAACUUGCUGAGUACCUCAACACGAAGAAGGCAAACACACCAAGAGAGGCAGCGAUGGCCGUCGUUCGGUUGGUCAACCACCGAAACCCCCACAUUUCAAUCCUUGCCAUUUCUCUCCUGCAAACCCUCAUGCAGCAGUGUGGGUACCCGUUUCAUCUUCAGAUUUCGACUAAGGAAUUCUUGAACGAACUUGUGAGACGGUUUCCUGAGCGCCCACCGCCAUUUCCGGGCCCGAUUAUGUCUCGUAUCUUGGACUUGAUACACUCAUGGAAGGAGAGUAUUUGCAAAGACAGCCGAUUCAAAGAAGACUUUGGAAACAUCAGAGAUAUGCAUCGCCUAUUAAGCUUCAAGGGAUAUCGGUUUCGAGAGGCCAGCCGAAAUGGAAACUUUAAUCCUCAGGAUGCCACCAAUCUCAAAUCACCGGAGGAACUGGAAAAAGAGGAUCGGGAAGCCCACGCCGCUAAACUGCAGGAGCUCAUUCGAAGGGGAGCACCGAAGGAUCUUGCUGCUGCGCAGGAACUGAUGAAGAUUAUGGCGGGCGCGGACCCCGACUCUAAACCCGACUAUCGUUCAAAAACACUCCAUGAACUUGAGAAACUGAAAUCGCACGUUAUGCUUCUCAAUGAUAUGCUGGACAAUUUGGAUCCUGCACGACCGGAGCGCAUGGUGUCCGGGGAUGCGUAUGAUCAAGUUGCCUUGAUAUGCCGCAACGCGCGACCAAAAAUCCAGAAGUGGAUUUCUGAUGCUGAAACCGACGAUCCCGAGUCAUUAGAUACUUUCCUCUCCAUGAAUGAUCUGAUCAACAGCGUCUUAUCGAGAUAUGAAAAAUAUCAAAAAGGGGAUUUUACGGACCCCUCCCCUCUCAAGGCGUCGGCGCAACAGAGGUAUAUCUGA